AUGCUAAAUUAUCUGAGAAUCGAUCCAAAAAAAAAAAAUGAGCAAUCAAUUCAAGAAUCAAUAACUGAAAGUGAAGAUGAACUUUCAUCACGAGUAUCUUAUGAUACUGUGUCUCCACACCUUGCACCGACUUAUUUUUCACCCCAACAUGAAUUUCAAGAACAACCUGAAUUUCAAGAACAACCUGAAUUUCAAGAACAACCUGAAUUUCAAGAACAAUCUGAAUUUCAAGAACAACCUGAAUUUAUCAAUAAUUUACACCAAAGUGAGAAUAUUGAGCAAAUUACUCUUGAUCGAUUUUUAAAAGCUCCAGAUGUUAAAAUAUUGACAAACAAUGUAGUUGAUUCAAAAUUAUCAAAUAUUAUCUAUCAACUUUUUUCACAGCAACAAAUUGAUCAAAAUUCAGGAAUAAUUGAAUCAGAUAAAUCAAUACAAACCAUACCCUCAUUAUUCACCAAAUUGGACUCUCAUAAGCCGGCUAAACAACAGAGAUUAUUAUUUCUCUUGACAGCAUGGGUUGUUGAAGAUUAUCGAUAUAGGCAAAGCCUUCGCAAUAUUCAAAAUGAAUUUAAUCAACUGUCAACAAAUAUUUCAGAAGACUCUGAUUGGCCAUUAUUAGAGGAUGAAGAUUCUGAUUCAGAAACUGAAGAUUUAUAUGAAUCAUUAGUGCAAUCAAGUAAGCAAGUGAAAAAAAAAGAACAAUCUAUUAUAGAACCUAUACAGGAUUUAUUAAAACUUUUGUCACCCUUCGCCCAAUCAACAAAAUUAAUCGGAGGUGCACAAUAUCCGACCCUAGGCAUAAUGCUUCCUACAAUUUCACUUUUGCUAUCUCACAUACAUCAAAUGAAAGCAUCUCUUAGUUCAUCUAGUAUUUUAAAUGUUUGUCAACAAAUUGAAAACUCCAUGUUAGCUCGCUGGGAAUCACCUCCAAUAGAAGCUUAUUUUGCUUCUUAUCUUAAUCCUCGGUUUAAAAAUUUGUCUUUUGCUAGUAAUGAAAAAAAAAAAAGGGUUCAAGAUAUGCUAUUAGAAAUAAUAGAAGCAAGAGCUAAUGCUAUAGAUACCCCAGUACAAACAGAAAUGGAUCAGCUUUAUGAUGGUGUUCAACUUGAUUUUCUGAUAGAAAAUAAAAUAGAGCGAUACAACAAAAAAGCUGCUAAUAUGAACCAUGUUGAAGGAACAUUUAAAACUGGUAAUUAUUAUGAGAAUGGGAUCAUAGUUAACAAUGUAAUUAAAUUUGAAUUAAUAAAGCAAUUUCACCAAAAAAAUAAAAAUAGCUAUUUGCUAGUAUUUAAUUCAUUAUUCCCAGGCACCUGA